AUGUCGUGGGCAGGAUUCAAGAAGAAUGUCAACCGUGCGACGACGCAGGUGAUGAUGAAGACGGGGCAUGUGGAGAAGACGAAUGACCGAGACUACGAGGUUGAGGAAAGACGAUUUAGAACCAUGGAGGCCGCUUCGUUACGACUACAGAAGGAGGCGAAGGGAUACUUGGACUCAUUGAGAGCCAUGACUGCUUCUCAGAUGCGCAUUGCCGAGACGAUAGAUGCGUUCUAUGGCGACUCUGGAGCGAAGGACGGCGUGAGCAGAAGUUACAAGCAGGCUGUGGAGGAUCUCGAUGCGGAGACGAUCAAGGCGCUCGACGGCCCUUACCAACAAGCCGUUCUGGAGCCCAUCUCUCGCUUCUGCGCAUAUUUCCCUGACGUUAACGAAUGCAUUAAAAAGCGCGGCCACAAGCUCCUCGACUAUGACGCCCUCCGUGCCAAGGUCAAGAAGCUCGUCGAGAAGCCCGACAAGGACGUCACCAAGCUGCCCCGCGCCGAGAAGGAGAUGGAGAUGGCCAAGUCCGCAUAUGAGCAACUCAACGAGCAGCUCUCCACGGAGCUGCCACAGCUCAUCGACCUGCGCGUGCCCUAUCUCGACCCGUCGUUUGAGGCGCUCGUCAAGAUCCAGCUGCGGUUCUGCGCGGAAGCAUAUAGCCGUAUGGCGCAAGUGCAGCAGUAUCUCGACGCAGACACGAGAGAGCAGUAUGCACAGGGUCAGCUCGAUCAACGGGUCGAGCAGGUGUUGCAGGAGAUUCGGGAACUUAGCAUCAGCGGUACUGUAUGA